UUUAAAACAGAGACAAAUACCAAAUUGAAAUCUGCAAACACUGUUGAUUCUGCCAAGGCCAUUAUCAGAUUCUCUACAAUCAUAGACAUUGGGGCAGCACACUUCAAAUCUGACAUGCAGAGACUGACAGAGAUCCUGGCCUUCCCAUGAGCAUGGUACAGAAGAUCUAUUGUAAGGAGGUUAUUUCUUGGAGAUUUUACUGGAGGUGCAGUGUCAAGUGAGUGGGAUGAGGCAAGUCCAGCUCCAGCAACAGACUCUCCAGGAAACCACAAUGUUCCCCCAAAGCGUCACUCCUCUAGCUCAGCCAAGGGUACUGAUCUGAACGUCUGCGAUAAUGGUAGCAUAAGCAAUGGCAGUGGAGGAAGCCAGCAGACGCCUACUACCACUCAGCCACAUGGUACUGCUAGGGCCGGCAGUCGGACCAGGGACAAGCUAAGGCUCAAUUUUGAUUCUGACAUUAACAUUAGAAAAAGCCCAAAAUUGUUAACUGGAAAGAAAGAAGGAAUAAAUGACAAGGAAAAUGACAUAGGUAAUGGGAAUGUUCCUGGAUAAACCACGGAGAGCAAAGCUGAAAGCAGAUCAGGAGAGGACACAGAAGCCACAGGGACGACUCAAGGGAUGAACAAGUCAGGCUCCUGGGAGACUCUCUGCUGUGAAUUUCACACGGCUCGGAGGACAGAUGAAUAUGGGGAAUGUCAUGGGAAAUGCUGUAUGGACAACUAAAGAUUUCAAGGCAGAUGGAAUACUCUCCAUAGGCUGCACUGGGCACAAGAACAUGUACAUAGGUCUUGGUCAUGGUGACUCUGGCCUGGAUGCCAAGGGUGGAGCAAUUGGUGGCAUUAUUGAACUCUCGGAAAUCAAUAUGUACUUAAAAAUAAGGGAAGAUCCAGGGAUGGAGUCAGACCACACCAUUGGAGUAAAGCUGUUUGCAUCACAGUCCCGUCUGGAUUACAUGGGCACCAGUGUGUUGAUGGGGCGAGUCUCAUCCUUUGGGCUUGCAUUACAGUAUGAGUGGGAGCUGAAGCAAUGUGCUGCAGGGGAUGAGGAUACCACUCGAAGAGGGGCAACCAUCUUCAUCCUUGGAGAUUUAGAAUGGGAUCAGCUGCAAUUGAUCAUCAGUAAAUCCACUACAGCUGACUUGCUGAAGAUGCAACAUAAACUGGAUGAAAUCUUUUCACAGCAGUUCAAGUUUAGCAAAUGUGUCUUUUGAUCUCUCCAACCAACAAGACACGUCUUCAGUCAAGCACAGGCAUAAGGCUGGGAACCGC